AUGGCUGCAUUGCCUCCAGAAAAGCGACCUAUUCGGCAUGACUCUUCUCAUACGCAAGGAACCAUCAGUCUCCAGUCUUCCAAAACCUCCAAGCGCCUUAAUCAAAUCGACCGGAUCCGUGCGAACGGUGUUGGUGACCACAUCGCGCUACCACAAUUGGUAGUUUGUGGAGACCAGUCCGCAGGGAAAAGUUCAGUCCUCGAAGGAAUCAGCGGCUUACCAUUUCCUCGACAGGAUGGGCUUUGCACUCGAUUUGCAACAGAAAUCAUCCUCCGACAUGAACCCACGGAUAUCAAAACAACUGCAACUAUCAUACCCCAUUCGUCCAGAAGCGAUGAAGAAAAACGUCUCCUUAAUGCUUAUCACCACGUUCUUCACGACUUCGCCGAGCUGCCCAAUAUCAUCGAGCAGGCGGCGAAGCUCAUGGGCGUGCGUGGCACUGAUGCGCAGGCGGAGGGUCCAGCAUUUGCAGCCGAUGUCCUCAGGCUUGAACUCGUUGGUAAUACGGGCCUCCACCUUACCAUCGUUGAUCUUCCCGGGCUCAUAUCAGUCGCGGCGUCUGAAGAAGAUGUCCAGAUUGUUGAGAAGCUGGUGGACUCCUAUCUGCAACACUCUCGGACCAUAAUCCUUGCAGUCAUACCGGCGACCAGCGAUGUCGACACCCAGGGCAUCAUCCAGCGUGCGAGACGGUUCGAUGAAGAUGGUCUCCGCACCGUCGGAAUUAUUACCAAGCCAGAUCUCAUCAACGUCGGCACAGAGGCACGUAUCGCUCGGCUUGCCAAGAACUGUGACCGCACCAAACUCACGCUUGGGUUUUUUAUCCUGAAAAACCCCAGCCCGACAGAGUUGAAGGCAGGUAUGACCACAGAAGAGCGACGCAAGCUAGAACUAGCAUAUUUGUCCACCGGGGUUUGGAAGGAGCAGGGGCUAGAUCCUUCACGCGUUGGAAUCGACAAGCUGCGAUGUUUUCUGGAAGAAAUCCUAGACAGCCACAUUGAGCGCGAGCUACCCAAAGUUCGUGAAGAUAUACGACGUCUUCUCCGGGAGAAAAACGAAGAGCUCGACGAACUUGGAGCGGAACGGGAGUCUCCAAACCAGAUACGCAUGUUUCUGACAAAAAUUGCCACCAAUUACUACAAUGUCAUUCAAGCUGGUGUUGAUGGAUUUUAUGGCGGCCGUGAUGCAAGCUUCUUUGAAAUACGAGACGGACGACUCUCGGCUCGACUACGUGCCGCUAUCUAUAUAGAAAACGAAAAGUUCUCCGACAAUAUCCGACAGUAUGGUGAAUAUCGAAAAAUCGGCGACCCAGAUGCCAGGACAGACGAAGGUGGACAACUUCUUGUGACAGAAGAGGAGAUGCUUGACUGGAUUCGACAGGUAUAUGAUCAAACGAGGGGCCAAGAGCUACCGGGUAACUACAACCAAGCUCUCCUUGCGGAGCUAUUCCAUGUACAAUCAUCGCGAUGGGCUGAAAUUGCUCGAGAACAUAUCGUUGUGAUCUCGAAGAUCGUAUCGCAGUUUGUCAAUGGCGCGCUAGAAUACGCUAUCAAAGAUGGGAAGGUUCGUGAAAACAUUAGUCGCCUAGUCAGCACCAUGUUGGAGGCAAAUGUCGACGCAGCGCAACAUGAACUCGAAAGAAUACUGCAAGAUGAAACUCGACAGCCAAUCACUUACAAUCAUUAUUACACGGAUAACAUCCAGAACGCAAGAAACGAAGCCUCGAAGAGCCUUAUUGAGGACUCUGUACGUGAUGCAAUCGCAAGUGAUUGGGACGGUACACUUCACUUGCGGAACACAAAAAAGGACAGUGUUAGACUGGUAUCAUCCCUCAAAAAGCGUCUUAUCGUCGACAUGAAGGAGCAAGCAUGUUCAGAAGCGAAAACAGACUUAGCUGCGUAUUACAAGGUUGCACGGAAGACGUUCGUGGAUAAUGUCUGUCGUCAAGUCGUCGAGCGACAUAUUCUAGCCAAGUUGGCCGAUGCAUUCAAUCCCAUGACGGUUAGCUUAUAUUCGGAAGAGGAGCUUAUUAGCUUGGCGAUUGAGUCGCCGCAGAUUUGCCACCUUCGUUCGGAUGCUCGCCAGCUGCAAGCUGCUCUAGAGCAAAGCCUCCGUGAUUUAGCAGGAUAG